AUUUUCAAAAAUUAUCUUUGAUAAAGAUAUCUUUGAUGGUGUCUGUAAAUAUAUUUAAUUAUGUUAUAUUGUGCAUUAUAAGUAAUUAAACAUGAAUAGUACAGCUACUACAAUUAAUCAAGAAGAAAUUAUUAGACAUUCUAUCGAAAACGAGCCAGAAAUACCAGAUGAACAUUUAGAUAAUAUCAGCUUAAUAAAUAAUAAUGAAAAAGAAAUGGAAUUCAUAAACUGUAAGGUCGAAAAGGAAGAAUUAGUUAUAAAGGAGGAAAUAACCGCUUUUCACGAAAUAUGCUUCCCAAAUUAUCACAAAAACCAACAAUAUAUGGUUUCUUUUGAUGAUAGAGACGAGAAAACAUUAAAAACAGUUAAAUUAGAAAUCACAAAGAAUAUGGAAGAAUCGAAUUUACCUCAACUAAAAAGCACACACUUCCAAAACGUCCACAAAAACCAUAUUCAAGGAGUGAUAUUCAUAAAAAACGAAAUUGAAGAGCUUAGUGAUUCAAAUUCCGAUAAUUUUGAAACGGCUAGUCAAAAAAAUUAUCCAGAGCUGAACUUAAACACCAAUCUUAAUCCAUACAAAUGUGAUAUCUGUCAAAAAUUGUUUAACAGAAGCAGCUCUUUAAAGCUCCAUUUAUUAAGACAUAGCGGAAAAAAAAUUAUAAAUGUAACGUUUGCGAUAAAUCGUUUUAUCGAAUGGCCGAUUUAAAGAGACACUCGCUGGUUCACACUGACGAGAGAAACUACAAAUGCAGUGAAUGCGAAAAGGCUUUUUACGAGAGGAGUCAUUUAAGAUUGCAUGUCCUAACUCACAACAACGAGAGACGCCAUAAAUGCGACGUUUGUAACAAAUCAUUUUACCGCAAAUCCGAUUUAACGAGGCAUUUAUUGAUCCAUUCGAACGAGAGAAACUAUCAAUGUGAAGUUUGCCAGAAAUCUUUUAUCGAAAAGGCUAAGCUAAAAUUGCAUCUAUUCACGCACAGCGGCGAAAAAAAACACAAAUGUGAUGUUUGUAGUAAAUUAUUCCAAGCGAAGAGCCAUUUAAACAGGCACUUGUUGAUUCAUUCGAACCAGAAGAACUUCAAAUGUGAAAUUUGCCAAAAAUCGUUCUACGACAAAGGGAACUUGAACAGGCAUUUGCUGAUACACACUGAUGUAAAAAGGUUCAAAUGCGACAUUUGCAACAAAUCGUUUCAAGAGAACAAGAAUUUAAAGAGGCACUUAUUGAUCCAUGCGAACGAGAAAAAUUUCCAAUGCAAUAUUUGCCAUAAAUCGUUUUACGAAAAAAAUAGUUUGAAAAGACAUUCGUUAAUUCAUACAGGCGAGAGGAAUAUAAAGUGCCACAUUUGCGAUAAAUCGUUCUUCGAAGAGAGCAAUUUGAAGAAGCACUUGCUGCUUCACGCGAAGAACAUAUUAAAGUGUCAGGUUUGCCAGCAGACAUUCUACGGAAAAAAUAAUUUGAGCCUGCACCUCUUGGUUCACAGUGGAGGCAAAGAGCACACAUGUGAUAUUUGCCACAAAUCGUUCAGCCGGAAGUAUAUUUUAAAAAGACAUUUGUUAAUUCACAGCGGCAUGAAAAAUUAUAAAUGUGAUAUUUGUGAUAGCUCGUUUUACCAAAAGAGCACUUUAAUGAGGCAUUAUGCAAUUCAUAAUGUUAAGAGCUUCUAGUAUUGGUAACCACUAUUUUAAAUUAAUGUAAAGUAAUUUAAACGAGCUUUAAUUGAUAGUUUGUUCAAAUAAUAUAAAUAAUAUAAAGAUACUUGAAAUUUCAGGCAAUGUAAAGGUAACUGUUUAAU